AUACGAUCCUCACUUCUAUUGGGUUCAAUGAUAGCCAAUCGACAAAGGGUCCCUCCGGCUUGAAGGGCCAAUUGGCUGAGAUUUGGGGCGGAGCCUCACUGGUUAGUGUCUGUCUGGGAUGGAGCGGUGUAGGAGCUGUCCCAGCUCGGACACCUACAAGCAGUGGUGGCGGCUGAUGCUGAGACAGGCGUCCGAGGACUGGGAACAGCCUGGGCCUGCCACCUCACUGACUGUGAGCAACCUCACCUUGCCAAGAGGUCGGAGACGCAGGUCCUGAAGCGUCCUUGUCUGGAGAGAAGCUCGAGGAACCCCCUGAGCCUUGAACCCUGUUCUAGCCUCCUGGGUGAAAGUGACCAGCUAUAGCCGCAGCCACAACAAUCCCAACAGCUGCCGACACCCGAGUAGCACUUUGCUGCUAUUUACAAAGCUUCACUUACGUGAGACUAGCUCAACAUGCUGCCUGAAACUUUGCUGGUAUCAGCACCUGGAAAGGUCAUCCUUCAUGGGGAGCAUGCUGUGGUCCAUGGCAAGGUAGCAUUGGCUGAAGCCUUGAACUUGAGAACAUUCCUACGGAUGAGGCCUCACAAAGAUGGGAAGGUGCGACUCGUCUUGCCAAACUUGGAGACCAGUAGGGAAUGGGAUGUUUCCAAGCUCCAGCUGCUGCAUGCAUCCUUCCUAGACUCGGGGGAGCCGACAGCUCCGACCACAGAGCAGGUGGAGAAGCUCAAGGCGUUUGCAGGCUUCAUGACGGGCUCCUCCGAGCGGGAGUGCCUGGCCGUGUUGGCGUUCCUUUAUUUAUAUUUAUUUAUUUGCAGGAAACACAGGCCCUUACCCAGCAUGGACAUUGUGGUGUGGUCCGAGCUGCCCACUGGGGCAGGGCUAGGCUCCAGUGCCGCUUACUCAGUCUGCCUGGCAGCUGCUCUGCUGGCUUCCUGUGAGGAGAUCAUGAAUCGCCUUAAGGAAGGUGCCACCAGUGCCCGGUGGAAUGAGGAUGAACUGAAUUUGAUCAACAGAUGGGCGUUUCUGGGAGAGAAAGUCAUUCAUGGGAACCCUUCUGGUGUGGAUAACUCCGUCAGUACUUGGGGAGGAGCCCUUCGAUUCCAGAAAGGGAACAUUUCGUCUUUACAGAGGAUCCCGGUCUUGAAGAUCCUCCUGACCAACACCAAAGUCCCCCGGAGCACCAAGGCCCUGGUGGCAAGCGUCAAGGACAGGCUGGCCAAGUUCCCAGAGAUCAUGAACCCAUUACUGGUUUCGAUCGAUGCUAUUUCCCAGGAGUGUGAGCGUGUGCUGGGCGUGAUGGCGGCGACCCCGACCCCUGAGCAGUACAUGGUGUUGGAAGAGCUCAUCGACAUGAACCAGCAUCACCUCAAUGCCAUUGGAGUGGGCCACUCCUCCUUGGACAGGCUGUGCCAGGUGACGGCGGCCCAUGGGCUACACAGCAAGCUGACUGGAGCGGGUGGCGGGGGCUGCGGCUUCACUCUGCUCAGACCAGGUCUGGACCAGUCUGUGGUGGAGGCCAUUAAACAGGCCCUGACCAGCUGUGGGUUUGAGUGCUGGGAAACCACCAUCGGGGGUCCGGGAGUCUCCCUCCACUCCGAGGCUUCCCUAAAGGCCAACGUGCUGCAGGCUUUGAACAGCCUCUGAGAUGAUGCUCCUCGAGUUUCUGUCACAGUGGCUUCCUGGGCUCGCCAUCCACCGCAGGAGAUACCGGCAGCUGUGAAUGGAAUUCCUCCCCUUUUGUCGUGGCAGCUUUAGAGCCGGAGAUGGACAUGUCAGAGUGGCAUCCAGCGGUCACCGUGCCUUCUUCUGGCAUCCUGAUGCCCAGAGACCCUGGCUCUUUCCUUCACGCCUUGGUCCCUAAAACCUACCCUAGUCCCAUGUUGGCGAGCCUGUGGCACACGUACCAGAGGAGGCUGCUCCCCUCUCCCUCUCCACGCACCUGAGGACAUUUCUCCCAUCACCUGCCCCUCUCUCCUGGAAUCCUGUGGUGUCACCAUCCCAGCUCCUCACUUGAUGCUGCACGUGCAGCUGCUGGGGAGCUAGUGGUUAGCGUACCAGGUCAGGAGAUAAGACGUCCUGGGUUCAAAUUUGGCCUCAGGCACUUCUUAGCUGAGUGACCCUGGGCAGGUCACUUAACCCCCAUUCUAGCCCUUACUGCUCUUCUGUCUUGAAACUGAUACACAGUAUUGAUUCUAAGAUGGAAGGUGAGGGUUAAAAAAAAAUCAUACUUAACUGUAGAGUCCUUGAGCAAGGCAGGAACUAGCUCUCAUUUUCAAAUUCCCUUCAGCAACCUGGCACAGUAAUAAACACCUCGUAGGCCAUCUAGGACAGUUUGAACAAAUGAAGACUGUGUCCUUCGGGGUACUUGGCCAUAUUGGUCCAAAAGAGACCAUUCUCCCCCCAAGAUCCAGCUGGUAGGAAAUGUGAGACUCCCUGCACUAACCCCAAACUCACUGCCUAAGGUGCAGGGAGGAUUUUGUGCCCAGCAAGUUCUACAGAGUCUGGACUGAUUUAGCAGUGGGAAGGGGGGAGCUGGGAGUUGUUCCAUCCUCAACUCUGGAAAUGAGCAGGGAGGAUGGAGGUGGAGGGCCGGGACACCCUGAGUCGACAGACGGAAUAGCCAGGUGGAGGGAAGACUUGCAGUACUAACGGAUGAAAGGUAACCGAUCUUGUAAUCAUAGUCUUUAAGUGUAGUGAUAUAUGCUGAAUAAAUGAAGAGCUGUAUACAGAGUGCAUUGAGCUAUAAACCCAGGAGUAGGGGAAACGAAAGCCUGAAGGGAUUUGUCACCCCACCCUCCCGGGAGCCUUUUGGCUGACUGUCACAUCCACACAGGAAUGAUGAAAAGCACUAGAGAUAAAAAGGGAACAAACGCCUUUAUUGCAAUGGAAAGAAAUGUUUAAAAAACAAAAAACCUUUUCAUAGUAAAUAUAUUUUUAAUGUGAUUUUGUGUAAAA